UGUGCUUUUGUUUGAAAGAAAAGCACAUACACACCAUGUUCUUGAGUUAAAACUUUUCUCCUGCUUUACGGAAGUCAAAGCUCAAAAAAGAAGAAAAAAAACCAAGAUUGUAAACAGCAAAACCAAACUAUAAUCAUUUGAGCUGAAACCUCUUGCAAAAAUGGAGAAUCUACCUCCCGGUUACCGUCCCAAUGUUGGUGUAUGUCUAAUCAAUUCGGAUAAUCUGGUAUUUGUAGCUUCAAGAUUGAAUGUUCCUGGAGCAUGGCAGAUGCCACAGGGAGGCAUUGAAGAUGGAGAGGAUCCAAAGUCAGCCGCCAUGAGAGAGUUACAAGAAGAAACUGGGGUCGUUUCAGCUGCAAUCAUUGCUGAGGUUCCAAAUUGGUUGACAUAUGAUUUCCCACCUGCAGUGAAGGCAAAGGUUAACCGUCUCUGGGGUGGUGAAUGGCAUGGUCAAGCGCAGAAAUGGUUCCUAGUGAGACUGAUAAAGGAUGAGGACGAAAGAGAGAUCAAUCUAGCAAACAACGAAGCGGAUUCAGAGUUUUCGGAGUGGAAAUGGGCGAGACCUGAAGAAGUGGUAGAGCAAGCAGUUGAUUACAAAAGGCCAACCUACGAACAAGUCAUCAAGACUUUUGGUUCUUACUUGAAUGCUCCAGGAAUAGCUGCUAAAUGUAAAUCAGCCAAGUGGUAAGAAGAAAACCUAAGAUCAAUGUUUGUCUUUAUAAAGUUUAUAUUUUUAUUUUGGGUUCCUUUUAAUGGAACCCUUUUGGAAUGAAAAGGUUUGCUUAGGUGUUUUUUGUGUUCAGUUUUGUAAAUUGGUUAUUGUUACUAGAAUGUUUUGGUUUAAUUUCGGGGUUAUUGUAAUAAAAGUCUUUGUUAGGAUUCAAAAAGGAAUGACUUGUAUUUGUGUU